GCAAGCAGGGAGGUGAGGUUGCCUCACCACAUUCCAAAGGCGGGUGUGGUUGUGCUGCUGCAUUGUGCCCUGAUGGCCCUGGGGGACGCCCCGGGGGAUGGGAGGGUGGGUCCCCUCAGCCUGCUCCCCCUGUAGAGCCACGUGGCGCCCCUGGGGGAUGGGGAAAUGCUAGUCUUCCCAGUUCCCAGGCAGGACAAGCCUCUCUCGCCUGCCGGUUCAAUACAACUCCCGGGAAUGGGGAACCUGGAAAUUGAGACUCAGUUUUUUUCCCUACUGUUGUUCCAGUAACUUUUACUGGAACAAGACCACAGAACUGGCAUUACAAGCCCUUCUCAUACCAAGACAUAAAAGAAAUUUGCAAAGUUCAAAGAGAAUUCGGCCGUAAUAUUUAUAAAUAUUUUUAAAUAUUUAAAAGCAUUAUUAAAACAAUAUUAACCUCAAAUGAUUUAGUUCCCACAGAUAUUAAAGAUCUUUUUAGGUGUUUGCUUACACCAUCUGAAUUUGAUUUAUGGGAAACACAUGGAAAAGGUUUCUAAAAAACCUACUGGUGGAAUUAUUAAAAACCAAUCACCAAAAUGUAGAUUUAUUAAAUAAUGCUAUUACUUUUGAGCAUUUAUGUGGUGAAGGAGUAUGGGAAAAACCUGAGGACCAAACUAUGGCUUUACCAAAACCGUGCUUGAUAAAAUCACUGCAGCUGCAGAGAAAGCUUUUAACCAGCUACCAACAGCUGAGACUAAGGGAAGUUAUAGUAACGUAAAACAAAUGCCUUCAGAAGGAUUCCUGCAAUUCUUAGACCGAUUAAGAGAACAAGUCUCCCGUCAGGUAGAAGACCCUGUUGUACAGGCAGAAUUAAUCAAAGAAAUUGCUCAGAGAAAUGCUAAUGAGUCUUGCCAUAGGGUCAUUCUAGGCUUGCCAAUGGAUGCCCCCUCUGACACUCGCACAGAUGGGAGAAGCCUGUGUGAGGAAAGCAGAGAUGUUUUCACAGGAAAAGAGACCUCCUUGGACCACCCAAAGACCUGUUGCUGCGGUUUCAUCUGAAACAAGGAGUGAACAGAUGACGUCUGACCAGCAACAGCGAAUUUGUUUUCACUGCAGAAAACUGGGUUUUUUUGCUAAAAACUGUCCUUUAAAACAAUGGAAACACACUGAUACCAGCUUGCCAAAAAACUUGGGUCACAGCGCUUACCCGCCUGGCGCGCAGACAUAAAUGAAGCGGGAACCAAUCUCUGUCCUCUAAUAAAAAGGGGAGAGGGGGGUGAAAAACUGCAGAAAUAUAAUUGUGAAAAACAUUUGCCUAAUAAGGUCUGGCAACCGCAAAAACGAUUCAAACUUGUAACUGCUAAAGCUUUUUGUUUCAGAUCUGAUCAUUGGACUGUCUUGCAGGAUAAUUCACAAGACCUGGCUGGACUGGAUAAAAUAAUCUACCUCUUACUCAAAUCCAUGAUGAGCCUUAACCCUGCUGUCAUCCUGCUCGCACUGAGCAGCCUGACAGCAGCCUGGAUCGUCCCACAGCCACGCCAGAACAUCUGGGUGACCCUGGCACAAACACUCCAGCAAGAAAAUAUUUGUCUAUUUACUGCAGCAGCGAAAAAUCCUAUGUCUACCUGCCUGGUAGGAAUCCCUUUGCAGCAUGAUGAAUUCACACACAGUUUUAAUACACUGACUCCUGAAGCAGGUAAUAAAUUACACAGCAUUCAAAUAGAAACAGAGUUAAGAAACCUUGUCAAAGAGUGGCUGCCACAUUUUCCUAAAGCAACCCAAGAACCCCAGGAGUUAGAGCUACUGGGUUCCUCUCCAGCAUCAUACUGUGUACACUUUAGGGUCAGUCCUCCAAUUCAUAAAGAAACCUUCCACCAUAUAGUACAACAUCGAGAAGAAUUCACAGCAAAAAGGUGGUGCCAUGUGCUAAGCUACAUCAAAGUGCACUCCUCAGCUCAUACACAUCCCAAAAGCCUCCCCAAAGGACUGUUCCUCAUUUGUGGGGAUCACGCAUGGGCAGGAAUUCCAUCCCGUCUUCUCGGAGGGCCGUGUACCAUAGGGCGUCUAUCACUGUCAGCACCCAGUCAAACAUUAAUUGGUGAAUGGACCCAUAAAAACAAUUUGACCAGAAAAAUUCAAAAGAGAAGUGUUACAAAAUUAGAUGAAAAUUGUGAUUCAGAGAUUUUCCAUUGGUCCAAAUCAAAAAGAAUUGCUGCAUCCAUUUUCCUUCCUUGGGUGGCUGCAGCCAAAGCCCUAGGUGAAUUGGGACACCUAGAAUGCUGGGUGGUAAGACAAGAGAAUUUAACAUCCAACACCAUAAGUGCCCACCUAGAAGAUGAGGAAGUUAGCAGGCAGGCAACACUCCAAAAUGGUGCAGCGAUAGACUUUCUCCUAUUGCUCCACGGGCACGAGUGCCAGGAGUCGGAGGGUCUCUGCUGCAUGAAUCUGACAUUGAAAGCUCCUAACAUUCAUGCUACACUCCGAGAGAUGAAAAGCAUGAUCGGACAAGUCAAGCAAGAAACAGAUGACUGGUUCAAUGGACUGUUUAAAAACUGGGGACUCUCGGGGUGGUGGGCUUCAGUAGUGAAAACUAUUCUGUCACUGCUAGUCAUUGUUUUGCUAACAGUAUUAGUGUUCGGAGCAUUAAGCAAAAUACUGUACAGAAGCAUAAUUAAGCUAAUCUCAGCUACCUCAGGUGUCAACCAGAUAGAGUUGGCAGACCGGAGUAACCCUCACCGGCCCGCAAAUGGGAAUUGGUGGGCCACUUCAGGUCGGUAAAUCAUAUAAGCUCGUUACCUUUCGUUUAAUUAUAUAUUACAAAAUAGGUGGAGAUGUGGUACUGCACAUUUCUGGGAGUUACUUAGUUUCUGUGUAAACCCUCCCUGCAGCUGUGACAUGUUUUUCCCCUCCCCUCCUUGUCUCUGAAAUGUUAUGCUGUUGGUUGGUGUUAUAUGUCUCCCCGCCCCUCUCCCGAGGUUUGAAAGAGUCUGGGAAGUGUAUCCUCGGUCUCUUCUCUCUCCUGGAAGCAGCCAGAAUAAAUAUCCUCUGUUACCCCGGA